CAGGUGCGCGUGGAAAUGGAGUUUUUUGUGCUUACGUGUCUCUUGGCUUUAUCGGCCUCCGCAAAGGGUAAUGGGGCCAUUGAUUUAGGUCCUAUUUACGCUCCACGACACGCUUCUGCGGAUUAUUAUUCGUACCCGAGCUACGCUUUUGAAUACUCUGUGAAAGAUCCUCACACUGGAGACAACAAAGCCCAAUGGGAAAAACGCGACGGAGAUGCUGUUAAAGGAGCCUAUUCGCUAGUAGAACCCGACGGCAGCCUGCGGGUAGUAGAGUACUGGGCUGAUGACAAAUCCGGUUUCAAUGCUAUAGUUAAACGCCUCGGGCCGAACCUACACCCUACUGGUCCUACAAUAGCUCCUUACAAAGCCAACAUCCCAAUUCUUACUUCGCCUCACCCAGUUCCCAUUUCAGUUGGACCUGUGGCUCAGUUGGGAGGACUCGCCGGAGCUCCUCUUCUCCAUGGACCAAUCUAUGGUGGAGACAUAUCUCCAGCUUUGGCCGGAGCUUCCCUUCUUGCCAAACCCAUUCACGGCAAUGCCGUUUCUUCAGCAACUAUUUACAAAGCACCACCGGCACUAAAGACUAUUGCACCUCCACUUCUCCAUGAAACAAUUUUGCCUGCGCCUAUAAUAAAAGAAAGAAUUGUGCCUCUGGAGCACGAACCCAUUCUAUCCUAUCCAAUUAUAAAAUCAGCUCCAAAUUACCAUGCGCCAAUUCCACCAGCGCCUGUUCUACCAGCACCUAUAAUUAAACCUGGUCUAAUCUUGAGAGAUUACCCAUAUUCUAGCCUGUUGAAAGAACCGUACGUGGGACGGUCUUACAACAGAGGCCCAGUUCUAGAACCAUUUUACGAGAAGAGUCCAGUCUUAAAAUCACCUUACAUCAAGGAUUCACUUUAUGAACCUGGUCUUAUUAAGGCACCUCUUUUUGAGCCCAUAAUAGCUACAGGCCCUCUCCCCUACGAUUCCCUAUACGACCGUGGGUUACUCAGACAAGAUGUAUUGGAUAAAGCACCUCUGCUGAGUUGGGAAAACCUGGGUUACGGGAAACACUAAAAACUAGUACCUCGGAUACC